CAGGAUCCGCUUCGAACACAGAAGCACAGAAGCAUAGAAGCACAUAUAAAGCAACCAGCAGUUCGCCCAGACAGGUAUGUCCGGCCGGCCCCAAUUCGUGUGGACCAACUGAGAGAAUAUCAUGGCCCCUGUUCUGCGUCGAAAGGCCCAACGAGCCGCAAGAAGCAAGAUGAGCCGAAGAAAUCCGGCGUUGGUCUCGUCAACAAAGUCACCGGACACAUCCUCCCAAACCCUUUCCAAGCCCCAGAAGCGAACAUCUCAGAGAAGUGGUGCGAGCGCGCCCAUCGAGAUCUUACCAAGCUGCACGGGCCCCGCGAUUCCCUCUCUAGGGAUGCAAUGAAUGCCGAUGGCAUUAAUUGCCCCAGCGAGUUUUCUGACGUUUUGCACGGUCUGAUCUACGGGGUUCUUUGCCAAGCUAUCAACGAGCAGAACGCCACUCGUCAAACUCAGAGCCUGAACAGAACCUGAGGAUCCAAGGGUUGCUCGUGACACCCAUCUCAUAAGUCUGGAGUAGUUGUUGAGUCCGAGAGUCAUGGGAGGUGUGCAGCACUGCUGCUCUAGGCCCUAGAUUGUCGACUGAGGUUGCGAAUCGUCAUCUGUACUCCCGAAGUGAAUUAAUGAACAUCCCGCUUGUUCUCACUUUUAGAACGAAAGGCUCGCGGUAUUAUGUCUGCACAGCUCCAUCUGAAUGAUAUUGUCUCAGUGGUUUGAGGGUCACGAAGUCCAUACUUUGAAUCCCACAGAGUUGCAGCAUGUAGUUG